AUCUAUCAUCAUCAUCAUCCACAUACAAAACAAACAGGAAGUUGGAAGAAGUGGGAAAGGGACAAGCUUGAUGAAGUCUCUCGCCCUGUGAAUACAUUGGAGUGCCGAAAAUAUUAUUUUUGGGAAAUCCCUUCAGCUAUCUAGCUAGCUAAUUAUCUCGGAUAAGUUCUAGGAGUGACCAUUCAAGCGGUACUUCUGCAUCCAGAGCAAGAGACUGGGGUGUAGGACAUGGCAAGUAGGGGUGGUGCAACACGACCCAAUGGGCCGAACACAGGCAACAAGAUCUCCCAGUUCAAAUUAGUGCUCUUAGGGGAGUCCGCUGUGGGAAAGUCCAGUCUUGUACUUCGCUUCGUCAAGGGUCAGUUUCAUGAAUUCCAAGAGAGCACAAUCGGAGCUGCCUUCCUGACUCAGACAGUAUGUUUGGAUGACACAACAGUCAAGUUUGAGAUAUGGGACACAGCUGGUCAGGAGCGCUACCACAGCCUGGCACCCAUGUACUACAGAGGUGCCCAGGCCGCCAUCGUGGUCUACGACAUCACUAACGAAGAGUCCUUUGCACGAGCAAAGAACUGGGUUAAGGAGCUUCAGAGACAAGCCAGUCCAAAUAUUGUAAUAGCGUUGGCUGGGAACAAGGCUGACCUUGCAAACAAAAGAGCGUUGGAUUUCCAGGAUGCCCAGUCAUACGCAGAUGAUAACAGUUUACUGUUUAUGGAAACAUCAGCAAAGACCUCUAUGAACGUUAAUGAGAUAUUCAUGGCUAUUGCAAAGAAAUUACCCAAGAACGAGCCUCAAGCUGCCGGAGCGAACAGUGGGCGGAACCGGGGAGUGGAUCUUACGGAGACAGCUCAGCCGGCCAGCCGCUCCUGCUGCGGUACCUAAACCUGCCCCCCACUCCUAACUCUGAAUAACAUCUGGACAUGGGAUUCCCCUUCCUGACAUCAGACCUUCCACCUCUUGUCCUUUCUCCCCGGAAUAGCUAAAGACUCUGUAUAGCUGCAUUUCUAAUACCUUUUUUGGUUUUACUUUCAUUUAAAAAAAGUGUAUUUCAGUAUAAUGUAUGCAUGUGUCACUACAAGGCCUAAAACAUUUUUGUUGUUGUACUUAAUUCAGUUGGAAGACUAACCCCUAUGAGAGAGAGAAAGCAGUGUGCGUGCGUGUGCGUGUGUGUGUGUGUGUGUGACUGAUUCCCUGAAGAGAAAGUGUAACCUAGGUCAUAGGGUUAGUGGACUGGGGGUGAAGUAAGUUGUCUUUAAUUUGCUGCCCAUACAUUUGUUGUGAGUUGUGUCCUUCCAACCAAAACAAACCAAAUUCCCCCAUUGUGAAAUGCCGGGAGGCUAUGACUGUUUGUACUGAGUAUAACAUUAUUGAAGCAGUGUCAGGCAAGGACUGUCAAACCAAGCAUUCCUCCUCGCACCUGCUACCGAGACGACGACGACGACAACAUCUUCGUCUGCAGAGAACUUUGGCAAGAACAUCCAGUGCCAUUACACCACUGGCCCACUGCCACCGGUUGAACAGGAUUUAAGGGUGGUUUUGUGAUUGGAUGACUGGUGACUCUGCAAGUUUGUCACAUCCAUGAUGACUGGCUUGUGCAUCAUGGGAAGUCCCUCUUGAAACCACAACAUUCUCUGGUUGAUACAUUGAUUUAAGGAAGAACAUUGAGACAGUUGGACAUGCUCAGACAAGCUUUGUAAAUUGUCUUGCUAAGACCUAACAUAUGACUAGUCUUUUGUUUCCCCAAACUGUUAUUGUUCAGCUGUCAACUUGUCAGAAUUAAUGGUGUUUAAAAGUAGGCCUCAAACCAUACACCAACAGAAGUCUUGACUAUUACCUGUCAUCAGUCUGUGGAAUAUUACUCUACUGUUAUAUAGGGUGUUGCAAUGUUGUUUUCUACCAAUACAGCUUGGAGGGCAUAAGCUUGUCAGGAAAGUAUCUAGAGAUUCCGAACAAUUGUACAGUACACCAAUGUAUGUCUAGGUCUGCUAUGGGUUUGUUACCUUGUCACAAACUCGUCAAAUGCUAAUCAAUGGUGGUCUUUUUAAAUAUAUAUGUAGUGUUAUUAACAAUUCAA